AUGUCAGACGUUAAAAGUCUCGAAUACCCAACGUUAAAGGUAUUUAACAUUUUUGUGAUUGUCUUAUGAUUUUUUUGUUCAUUUAAAUUUCUCCGAGAUUAUUGACAAUUAUUAUUGUUUAUACGUUCUUUCACGUUAAUUUUAUAAUUAAUUUUACUAUUUUUGAAUUUAGAAAUAUUUUAUCAUUAUUUAAAUUGAUCUGGUAUUCUGUUUAGGUUCCUUACGAACUCCUUAAUAAAAAAUUUCGGUUAGCACAAAAGGUCAUUGAUAGGGAAGCUUCGUAUGUACAAACGGCAGCUAAUGAAUUAAUGAAAGAUAAUAAAACUUCUGUUCCUGCUGGGGAGAUGAGUAUACUAUUAGGUGGAGUUGUGGAAAAACUUCAGACUUUAAAGAGAAAAGCACAAGAAUCUAUUGCGGAAGAAUUGCAAGCAGGCAUGGUUUGCAAAAGACGUUUAGAACAUUUAAAGGAACAUGCCAAUACUGCUCCAAGUGUUGUGAAUCAAUGGCGGAGACAAAGACUUGAUAGAAUGCUGAUAGAAUAUUUCCUUCGUAAAGGCUAUUAUACAACUGCAACUAAAUUAGCAGACAGUAGCGAGCUUAGAGAUUUAACAAAUAUAGAUGUUUUUAUGGUGUCAAGGGAAGUUGAAACGUCUUUGGCAAAUCAUGAAACUGCAAGAUGUGUUGGAUGGUGCUAUGACAAUCGAUCUAAGUUAAGAAAAUUAGGAAGUACUAUGGAAUUCAAUUUACGUGUGCAAGAAUUUAUAGAAUUAGUGCGACAAGAUAGAAGGCUUGAUGCUGUCAAGCAUGCUAGAAAAUGUUUUACCAAUUAUGAUCAUUACCAACUGCAAGAGAUUCAAUGUUGUAUGGGACAAUUAGCAUUUCCAGCUAAUACAUCUCUCAGUCCAUAUAAAGAUUUAUUAGAUGAAAAAAGAUGGGAUAGAUUAAUUGAGCAAUUCAGACAUGAAAAUUAUAGACUUUUCCAAUUGGCAAGUCAAAGUGUUUUUACUGUGGCAUUACAGGCAGGUUUAUCUGCAUUAAAAACACCUCAAUGUUAUAGUGCAAACAAAGAAGGCAGAAACCCAAAUUGUCCAGUGUGCAAUGAAGCUCUUAAUGAAUUAGCUGUCCCAUUGCCUUUUGCUCAUUGUUCACAGUCCAGGCUUGUUUGCAGUAUUAGUGGAAAACCGUUAAAUGAAUAUAAUCAACCAAUGAUGAUGCCAAAUGGAUAUGUAUAUGGAGAGCAAGCAUUGGAGAAGAUGGCUCAAGAAAACAACGGUACAGUAAUUUGUCCAAAAACCAAAGAAGUGUUUCCGUAUAAAAAGAUAGAAAAAGUGUAUGUUAUGUAA